AAUCUUUGCGAGUAUAUAACCAAGUGCGCUUGCCUCUCCAAAAGCAUCCUCUGUUUCGCUAUGGCUCAGUCUAUCAAGUUUGCUCCUCUCAUUGCGCUGCUCCUUUGCAUUGCUGUCACUGCUGAAGUGCUUGAUCUUCCAGGCGAGUUUUUCUUUGUCGAUGGAGCAGCCAGCCGACCGUCUGGAUGCAGGCCCAACUCGCAGUGCUGCCCAAACAGCAAAUUCUGUCCCAAGGGCAAAUACUGCACCGUUUGCACGAAGAGCUAUCCGCCUUCGUGCUUUUGCACGAAGGCCCCUCCAAACUGCGGAGUAGGCAGUAGCUGCUGCAGUGACGGGGACUGCCCAAAGGGAAGAGAAUGCAGCGUAUGCACUAGAUCGAUCCCACCUAUUUGUCGCUGUGGCGCUAAGCGUAAGCUCGUUCUUGUUUCCGAAUGAAGCACGCUAUCAAGUGUGUGAUGGUCAACCCUGUUGACUGUGUAAUAAAAGAUCUUCCAUAAUGAUAAUGUGUGGCUAUGUUUAUAGA